AGGAAACGCAUCUACUUUCGAUUUGCGGCUCCCAUUUGUUUUUGACUAACUCCACGUAAAAUAUUCCUUCCCCCACCAUCUGUCCUUUUGAUUUUGUGUUGCUUUGUGCUUCACAAUUACAUACACAUCCAUAAGGGAGUAAGUCCGCUCUAACGCGUCGGUCUUAAAGUAUAUAUAUUUAUAUGUGUUUUGUUUUUGUCUUCCAUUAUCUUUCUCCUCUUUCAUUUUCAGCUCGACUUCUAUUGGUCGGCUUUUACUGGCUUCUUUGCUCUUUAAAGGAAUACAUUUUCAGCGGCGCGUUCUUCGGGCUUUUCUUUUUCCCCCUCUCCCCCGAACGACGGAGCUUGGUGUCGACAUAGACACCUGCGUGCGUUUCGCUUUUUAUUUUUCGUCAAGAAGCAUCCCAUUGCCGACUCUCUUCGCUGCCUCCCAUUAAAACAAAAAAAGCACAUCAACAGCAGCAAGAAACCAAUUACACCUCGGUGAAGGCCGUUUUCUCUCUUCUUUUUUUUUCAUAGGCAAAUUCACUUCGGGCGAAGAUCCGGAACUCUACUGGUCGAUAGCUUUGGUGUUGUUGAAGGACGUAGCGGUACGUCAGAGUUCCUCUCUGGCUAGUGAACGAGCUUUUCCAAAAUUAUUGACUUAUCUUUUUUGAAUGUAAACCUUUUUUUCUUCCUCUUUUCCUUCUUUCUUACACACAUAUUUUUGUAAGUGGUGUCUAUUACGCAUUCUCUUUUUCAAACUGUUUUUAAAAAACAGGAAGGACUCAGCGUAAUCGUCAUCUCCUCGAUUGUACACGUUUCUUUCUUUUUUUCCUUUGUUUUCUUUUAAUGAAGGAAAAACUGAAACAUACAAAAAUCAGGUUUUUCUUCGGCACUUAUUACUUUCUCUUUACUACGUUCUCUUGCGAUAUCCCUUCCGCUUCCUGCAAGAGUUUUUUCUUUUUCCUUUCCGGUUUUCGAGAAGUGAAGGUGAACCUACACCACCUUGACUCCCACUUCCUUUCGUACCUUGGUUAAAUUUGACUUCUUCUUUUCUAUUGCGUAUCUAUCUCUAUCUUUUUUACUUUUAAUUAUUGAUACUUGCCUUUUUUUGAUCGACGCGCCUCUGCAUCUUUAUCUGUGUGCAUUCGCCGUCUCUGUCUUGCUUCUUGUUCUUUUUUCACACACACAAACCCUUGAUCAAGUUUAUCAUUUUCUUUUUGUUUUCUUCUCAGUUCAGUUUGCAUUAGCAAGGCAACAACAACUGCAAAAAAAAAACCUGUGCUAACUUUGCUUUCUUUGAAGGGGAUCUCAGAAUUUAUUACCGUAGAAUUCUGUUUUCACGCGUGCACACCUUGUUUCUUCUUAUCUUGAGCUUUGCGCAUAUGUAGAGCUCCCGCUUCUAGUUUUCUUUUCUUUUCCUCUUUCAAGCUUCCACAUUCUUUUCCUUUUCUCUAACGCCAACGUUUUCGUACCUCCGCCUACAAAUUUACUGAUUUACGGUGCGGUACCACAGCGCCGUGUUUUUGUAUUUGAUUUAUUUGUUGCUUCUCUCUCUUUUUUCUUCCUACGUGUAAAGCGGAGAGAGUCUCUGAACACAACAGCACCUCAGCAAGUAAACUAAAAAGCACAACUGGUACUGGCGACAGCUUCCUUUUCUUUCUUCUCUUUCUUUUUGUUACCCCUUCCUUGAGCUACGGCCGUCACUUUCACUAACUGUCUCAUUUAUUCUUUUCUUUUCUGUAUUUGCUUGUGGUUUCCCGACAAACGCCAUCUAAAAAGUGUUCCUCCGUCAACGGAGCGGUUAGUUUACAAGCGGAACCUCUCUCCACUAUAUAUAUAUAUAUAUAAAUCGAGUAAAACGACGGUAGCGGCUAGCGGCGAGAUUCUUCAGCGAAUUGGCACAAACCGGCAAAAAGGUAAAACUCUAAAACUCCCUUAAUUUCUUAAUCAAACUUAUUUCUUUUUGCGGUAUACGUUUCUCCGUUUCUUUUCCCUUGCUUGCUGAUACCGAACUUGCUACCGACGCUCAUGGAGCCCAACGUGCCCAACGCCGAAAAGCCGCGAGAGCCGUUCGGCCAGGGGCUCGUGGAGGCUUCGGCUGAAAACCGGCAUUCCGGGCACAGUGUGGGCGACAACGAUCUGGAAAACUCCAGCUCCGCCUUUCACGCGUACGUGGACGAAAGCGAUGUCUCGCUAAAUCCCGGAAAGAGACCAGCGUCAGUUGAGAGGGAGGACGCAACGAGCAGCCUCGGCAGUGAAAGUCCCGUUUUCUCCGCCGAAGAAGUGGUAAAGCCGAAACAAAACCGACAGAGCGUGUCUGCGUUGGCUAUCUUCCGCUACGCAGAUACGGCUGACAGAAUUCUCAUGAUUGUGGGCACCCUCAUGGCCAUCGCGUCCGGUGCGGGUAUUCCCCUCUUCUGUCUCUUCUUUGGCCACAUCUCGACGGACCUGAUAAGUACGAAAGGAAACACCGCCAACACUACGGCGAAAACGGCCCUCAUCAUGGUGUACAUCGGCAUCGGCAUGUUCGUGGUGUGCGGUGGACACGUGUUGUGUUGGACCAUCGCAGCCAGCCGCCAAAUGGCUCGCAUCCGCCUGCGCUUCUUUGAGGCGGUGCUGCGGCAGGACAUUGGCUGGCACGACGAGCACAGCCCCGGCGAGCUGACGGCGCGCAUGACGGGUGACACGCGCGUGAUUCAGAACGGCAUCAACGACAAGCUCUCCCAGGGUGUGAUGAACGCCUCGAUGGGCCUUCUGGGUUUUAUCUUCGGCUUUAUUUUCUCCUGGGAGCUGACGUUGGUGAUGCUCGGCAUGAUGCCCUUCAUUGCCAUUAUGGCUGCUUUGCUUGGCAACAUCGUGGCGAAGAUGACGGAGUCGUCCCGCAAGCACUUUGCCAAGGCCGGCUCGAUGGCAACGGAGGUGAUGGAAAACAUCCGCACGGUGCAGACCUUCGGCAAGGAAGAGUACGAGACACAACGCUUUCACGAUGCGGUUCUGCUAGCCCAAGACCGUGGCAUUCGUAAGGAGUUCGCCGCCAAUCUCUCUGCUGCAACGAUCAUGGGGGUGGUCUUCACCAGCUACACCAUCGCUUUCUUCUUUGGCUCGUACCUCGUGCAGUGGGGACGCUCGGACAUGCAAAAUGUCAUCUCAACCUUCUUUUGCGUGCUGAUGGGCAGCUUUGGUCUGGGUUUUGUCGCACCGAGUACUACCGCCUUCACAGAGUCGCGUGCAGCCGCGUACGAAAUCUUCAAGGCCAUCGACCGUGUGCCGCCCGUGGACAUUGAUGCCGGCGGUGUUCCUGUAACCGGCUUCCGUGAUAGCAUCGAGUUCCGCAGCGUGAAGUUCGCCUACCCGACGCGUCCCGACAUGAUGCUGUUCCGCGAUCUGAGCCUGACGAUCAAGUGCGGUCAGAAGGUUGCCUUCUCCGGCGCGUCUGGCUGCGGCAAAUCGUCGAUGAUCGGCCUCGUGCAGCGCUUCUACGACCCGCUUGGCGGCGCCGUGCUGUGCGACGGGGUGGACAUGCGCGAGCUGUGCCUGCGCGACUGGCGCGACCAGAUCGGCAUUGUGUCGCAGGAGCCGAACCUGUUUGCCGGCACGAUGAUGGAGAACGUGCGCGUGGGCAAGGUGGACGCGACGGAGGAGGAGGUGAUCGAGGCGUGCAGGCAGGCGAACAUCCACGACACGAUCAUGUCGCUGCCGGACCAGUACAACACGUCUGUGGGUGCCGUCGGGUCGCAGCUGUCCGGCGGGCAGAAGCAGCGUAUCGCGAUUGCGCGCGCGCUGGUGAAGCGGCCGCCGAUCCUGCUGCUGGACGAGGCGACGAGUGCGCUGGACCGGAAGUCUGAGCUGGAGGUGCAGGGUGCGCUGGACCAGCUGAUGCUGAAGGGCGGCAUGACGGUGAUCAUCAUUGCGCACCGCCUGGCGACGAUCCGCGACGUGGACUGCAUCUACUACGUGAAGUACGAUGGCGUGGAGGGCAGCAAGAUCACGGAGAGCGGCACGUUCGACGAGCUGAUGGCGAUGGGCGGUGAGUUCGCUGCGAUGGCGAAGAUCCAGGGCGUGCCUGCGGACGGCGGCCGCGCGGGCGGCAAGAGCGAGACGGCGAAGGCGAAGAAGGACCUCCUGAACGUGAUCCUGGACGAGGCUGCGCUGGCGAAGCUGGAUGCGGAGGCGCCGCGCACGGAGCGACAGAAGGUGCCCAUCGAGAUCUUGGCCAAGUGGGAGGUGAAGCAGGCCAAGGUCGGCUUCCGUCGGCUGAUGCAGAUGAACAAGGACAAGACGUGGGCUAUUAUUCUAGGGUUUAUCGGCUCGGCUCUGACCGGUGCUAGCGGCCCUGUCAAUGCAAUUCUCUUUGGUGAGGUUCUCGGCGUUCUGGGUUACUAUCAGGUAGACAAGGAUGUGAAGGCCCUGCGCAGUGGUACGAACCUCUAUGCGCCGCUGUUCAUGGUGUUCGCCGCCUCCACGUUUCUUGGAUGGUCGCUGCAAGGCUUUUACGGCUACGCCGGCGAGCACCUGACCACCAAGAUCCGUGUGCUGCUCUUCCGCCAGAUUCUGCGCCAGGACAUGAGCUUCUUCGACAUUCCCGGCCGUGAUGCGGGCACGCUGGCUGGAAUGCUGUCCGGUGAUUGCGAGGCGGUGCACCAGCUGUGGGGACCUUCCAUUGGUCUGAAGGUGCAGACUGCAUGCAGCGUCGCAGCAGGUCUCAUUGUCGGCUUCGUCUAUCAGUGGAAGCUGGCCUUCGUUGCGCUGGCCUGCAUGCCUGUUGUUGCGUUGUGCAACUUAUUGCAGCGGCGUUUAAUGAUGGGUUACACGCAGAAGAAGGAGGGUGACAGCGACGACACGAUCGUGACGGAGGCGCUGUCCAACGUGCGCACUGUGACCUCCUUCAACCUGAAAGAUGACCGCGUGAGGGCCUUCAAGGAAAUCCUUGACGAUGAGACACCGCGGGAGGUGAAGAAGGGCAUCGUUGUCGGUGUGCUCUACGGCAUCUCGCAGUUCGUAUUUUACGGGGUGUUUGCGCUUUGCUUCUGGUACGGUGGCAAGCUCAUCAAAAAAGGCGAGGCCAACUUUCAGGAGGUCGUCAUUAGUUCCAUGUCGGUGCUGAUGGGUGCCAUGGGUGCUGGAGAGGCCGGUGGCUUUGCCACUAAACUCGCCGAUGCGGAGAAGGCAACGGCCCGGGUCUUCAGCGUGAUCGACCGUGUGCCGGACGUGGACCCCUACAGCCGCGGCGACGAGGAGCUCGGCGAGGGCUGCGACAUCAACUUCCGCAAGGUGCAGUUCAUCUACCCCGCGCGCCCGAAGCAGGUGGUGCUGGCGUCCGUGGACCUGAACUUUGCGGACAGCACGACGAACGGGCUGAUGGGGCAGACGGGCUGCGGCAAGUCGACCAUCAUCCAGAUGCUGGCGCGCUUCUACGAUCGCCGCUCGGGCCUGAUCACGGUGAACGGGAAGGACAUAUCGACGCUGGACAUCGAGGAGUGGCGCCGCAACAUCAGCAUUGUGCUGCAGGAGCCGAACCUGUUCAGUGGAACGGUGCGCGAGAACAUCCGCUACGCGCGCAGCGACGCGACGGACGACGAGGUGGAGGAGGCGGCGAAGCUUGCGCACAUCCACCACGAGAUCGUCAAGUGGCCGGAGGGCUACGACACGGACGUGGGCUACAAGGGCCGCGCGCUGUCUGGUGGGCAGAAGCAGCGCGUGGCGAUUGCGCGCGGUCUGCUGCGCCGCCCGAAGCUGCUGCUGCUGGACGAGGCGACGAGUGCGCUGGACAACGUGACGGAGGCGAAGGUGCAGAAGGGCAUCGAUGCCUUCCAGACGAAGUACGGCAUCACGACGGUGAGCGUUGCGCACCGUCUGACGACGAUCCGCAACUGCGACCAGAUUAUUUUGCUAGACACCGGCCACAUCAUUGAAGAGGGCAACCACGACGAGCUGAUGCGGCUGAAUGGCGAGUACAAGACCCGGCUACGACUUGUACAUGAAUGCAGUCAGUUGACGUUGACGCCGUUGGGGUCGCACGCUACGGAGGUGGUGCUGUCAAGGAGUGCACCACUUCCCGCACAGCAGGAGCUGCAUUUCUAUCCCGGCCUGUCAUCACAUUUGCCGCUCUUCCUUCACUUUCAUCUCUGCCGUUGUUCGGAGUUUUCAACCGUGGGAAAGGAAAACGCGAAGGACGAGCGGCGUUGUUCCUCCUUUCGUGAUCGUUUGAGACUUUUGUUCGUCGGGCAAAGAGUAGCAAGUGCAGUUUUUUUUUCCUUUGACAUGGAGUGUCUUGCUUUCUGUGUAUUCACACGAGUGUAA